CGUCAGUGGAGGGAACUUUGACAGUUUGUGUGGUGAAACGUUACACACUCAAAACUUUGUAAUGUCUUGAGUUUACUUACAUCAUCGAGUUGUUUUGUCGUCGUCUUCUCUAAGUCUUCAGGAGGUUAAACGAAAGGAAAGUUAUGAGUGGAGAGGAAUCCAGGAGAGGCUCAUGGAGGGGUGGGAGUGGAGGAGGGAGAGGUGGAGGAGGCAGUGGGAGUGGAGGAUGGAGAGGAGGAGGAAGAGGAGGUGGUGGAGGCUGGAGAGGAGGCGGCGGGGGAGGAUGGAGAGGAGGCGGCGGGGGAGGAUGGAGAGGAGGUGGUGGAGGAUGGAGAGGAGGAUGGAGGGGUAGACCAUGGAGAGGAGGAUCAGCAGGAGGAGGAGGGGGAAGAGGUUCAGGAGCUGGAGGGUCGAGAGGUGGAGGUGGAGGAUCAGGAAACCAACAGAGAGGCCUUUGUCAGACUACUUUAGAUGCGUUGUGUCCGUACAGAGGGUGGACACUCUACUUCUCCGAAGGCUUCAUAGAGAGCUCACCCAGUGUGGAGAAGAUCAAAGUGUUUGAGAAAUAUUUCACAUCCAAGAUUGACCUGUAUGACAAGGAUGAGAUUGAGCGUCAGGGCAGCGUUCUGGUCGACUAUGCAGAUUUGACCGGAGACCAAGCCGUGCGUGCUGCACUUCCUGAUCUGACCACACAGCUGAAGGAACAGCCAGAGGUGCUAUUCAAGUGUUUGGGAGUAGCUAUUCACCAGGUGUUGACUAUAGAUUUGGAGAAACAGGUCGCUGAGCUGCAAGAGGAAGAGCUUCCUGUCGCCGCACCAAUCAUCAACAUCCCUCACAUCAGUGCGAGGCUGUAUAACUAUGAACCGGUGACUCCGUUGCGGACGUUGCGUGCCAGUGUGUUUGGCCGGCUGGUGUGUGUGAAGGGAACAGUGGUGAGAGUGAGCAACAUCAGACCUCUGUGCACCAGGAUGGCCUUCAGUUGUCUGGGCUGCUCACAGACACAGUCUCUGCCACUGCAGCACGGGAAAUAUGCUACACCUACCAAGUGUAUCCAGCCUGACUGUCGCAGCCGUUCCUUCACCCCCAGCCGGAGUUCUCCUCUUACUCAGACUGUCGACUGGCAGAUCAUCAAGGUGCAGGAGGUGAUGGGCGGAGAGCAGAGGGACACUGGACGAAUCCCACGCACCGUGGAGUGUCACCUGACCUCCGACCUCUGUGACAGCUGCGUCCCUGGAGACACUGUUACUGUGACAGGGAUAGUUAGAGUUACCAAUGAUGGUACUUCCCGAGGGAAGAAGGAUCAGUGUAUGUUCCUCCUCUACCUUGAAGCCACUUCAGUCAGUAAUACUAAAGGUCAGAAGUCCAAAUCAGCUCAAGGAUCAGGAGGGUCACAUGAAGAUCGUUCCAGAGGGGAGGAGUUCAGUCUGAAGGAGCUGUAUGCUGUCCAGGAGAUCCAGUCACAGCCCAACCUGCUGAGACUUAUAGUACACUCUUUGUGUCCUGUCAUCUACGGCCACUUGCUGGUGAAAGCUGCUCUAGCCUUGGCGUUAUUUGGCGGCCGACAGAAACACACAGACAAGAACAGCGUCCCAGUUAGAGGAGACCCACACAUCCUGAUAGUGGGAGACCCUGGACUGGGAAAGAGUCAGAUGCUACAGGCAGUGUGUAAUGUGGCUCCCAGAGGAAUCUAUGUAUGUGGCAACAGUACAAGCACCACAGGACUAACAGUGAGUUUAUCCCGAGACUCAGGAACAGGGGAUUAUGCUCUAGAGGCUGGAGCCUUGGUGCUGGCUGACCAAGGGGUGUGCUGCAUUGAUGAGUUUGAUAAAUUGGGUAAUCAGCAGCAGGCUUUACUUGAAGCCAUGGAGCAGCAGACCGUGAGUCUGGCGAAGGCCGGAAUAGUUUCCUCUCUGCCUGCCAGAACGUCAGUCUUAGCUGCUGCAAACCCCAUUGGGGGACAUUACAACAGAGGCAAGACUGUCUCUGAAAAUCUGAAAAUGGGCUCAGCUCUUCUCUCUCGAUUCGAUGUAGUCUUCCUCCUCCUGGACAUUCCAGAUGAGUCACACGACCGUCGACUUUCAGAACACGUCAUGGCAAACAGGGCAGCAGGAGGCAGAACCAGCAGCGCCGUAGUUACCAGGACUAACAGUGAAUUAGAGACCUCCAUCUUACUAGAUCACUCUGACAUGCCGCUGUCUGAACGCUUGCAGAUCCCUGCAGGAGAAAUUGUAGAUGCUAUUCCAGCAUGUUUGUUAAGGAAGUACAUCAGCUACGCUCGUCAAUAUGUCCAUCCGACGCUCUCUCCUGAAGCAGCACAGACAAUUCAGGAAUUCUACCUGUCGCUGAGAUCUCAGUCACACACUGCUGAUUCCACACCCAUCACCACACGGCAGCUCGAGUCUUUAAUUAGACUCACUGAGGCAAGAGCCAGGCUGGAUCUCAGAGAGAAAGCUACCAAGAGCGAUGCAGAGGACGUGGUGGAGAUCAUGAAACACAGUCUGGCUGAUACGUACUCAGAUGGUCUCGGCAAUCUGGACUUUGAGCGCUCUCAGCUCGGGGCAGGAAUGAGUCAGCGCAGCGCUGCAAAACGACUGGUCAAUGCACUGCACUCUCACGCCCAGAGGACCAAUCAGAUGCAGUUUGACAUGCAAACGCUCCGAUCUGUGGCUGAGAGAAUGAACAUAAAGGUGAUGGAUUUUGAGGGUCUGGUGAGUUCUCUGAAUGAACAGGGUUUCCUGCUGAAGAAAGGGCCCAGACUGUACCAGCUGCAGACGAUCUGAUCUCUGACAACUGCAGCAGAGUCAGAAAACACACCUGCUCCUUCCUGCAGACCUCACCACAAGGUCAGUGUGUGGGACAACCGAACAGGGCCUCUAUUUAUAAAGAGGAAACACUGAUGGUGAAUCCACAAUCCAAACCACUUUCACCAAACCUCUAACCUCUGUGUGACCCUGUGAAGAGACUGUAACAACCACAACAACUGACAAAAGGCAGGGAAAAUCCUCUGACAGCUGCCAGUUUCCUGAAUGAACUCAAUCUUCUUGCUAAAAAGAGGAAGAAAGCUUAACUGACUCCUGAACACACAUAUCAGUUUCUUAAUAAAGACUGAAUUAAAAAUAUAUAUGAGAUUAGAUUAGUUUACCAUCAUAGCCAGAUGUGUUUCCGGGUUAACCAGGUUAACCGGGUUAUUCAAAGUGAGGUCGUUCACUUUGUGUCACUUGGCAGGACGUCUGAGAGAUGCGGUGAUGUUCUGGAUAAAUACCUGAUGAUUGUACUAUCUCACUGUUGAGCAGAGUUGAGUUUGUCCUUAAAACUCCUUAAAAAUUAAAAGAAAAGAAAAAAUA